CGCCAGCGGGUAGAAGGAAGGCAGUAGGUAUCCCGCCCGUGUGCAGGCAACAGGGGACUGAAGAAGGCGCUCCCGUCCUACUUCUCAGGUGUGUGAACCUGUAAAAUAAAGACUUCCAAAAUGAUCCGGUGUAUUUUAAUCAUAGGGAUUCUACUUCCCCAGUCUUUGGCCCAUCCAGGCUUUUUUACUUCAAUUGGUCAGAUGACUGACUUGAUUUAUAUAGAGAAGGACCUGGUGACUUCCCUGAAAGACUAUAUUAAGGCAGAAGAAGACAAAUUAGAACAAAUAAAAAAAUGGGCAGAGAAGUUAGAUCUGCUAACUAGCACAGCAACAAAAGAUCCCGAAGGAUUUGUUGGGCACCCUGUAAAUGCCUUCAAGUUAGUGAAACGUCUGAACACUGAAUGGAGUGAGUUGGAGAAUCUAGUCCUUAAGGAUAUGUCAGAUGGCUUUAUCUCUAACCUAACAAUUCAGAGACAGUACUUUCCUAAUGAUGAAGAUCAGGUUGGGGCAGCCAAAGCCCUGUUACGUCUCCAGGACACCUAUAAUUUGGAUACAGAUACCAUUGCAAAGGGUAAUCUUCCAGGAGUAAAGCACAAAUCUUUUUUAACUGUGGAGGACUGUUUUGAGUUGGGUAAAGUGGCCUACACAGAAGCAGAUUAUUACCAUACAGAACUGUGGAUGGAGCAAGCACUAAAGCAGCUGGAGGAAGGCGAGGUUUCUACCAUUGAUAAAGUCUCUGUUCUAGAUUAUUUGAGCUAUGCGGUGUACCAGCAGGGAGACCUCGAUAAGGCACUUUUGCUCACAAAGAAGCUUCUUGAACUAGAUCCUGAACAUCAGAGAGCUAAUGGUAACUUGAAAUAUUUUGAGUAUAUAAUGGCUAAAGAAAAAGAUGCCAAUAAGUCUGCUUCAGAUGACCAAUCUGAUCAGAAAACCACACUGAAGAAAAAAGGGGCUGCUGUGGAUUACCUGCCAGAGAGACAGAAGUACGAAAUGCUGUGCCGUGGGGAGGGUAUCAAAAUGACUCCUCGGAGACAGAAAAAACUCUUUUGCCGCUACCAUGAUGGAAACCGGAAUCCUAAAUUCAUUCUGGCUCCAGCCAAACAGGAGGAUGAGUGGGACAAGCCUCGUAUUAUUCGCUUCCAUGAUAUUAUUUCUGAUGCAGAAAUUGAAAUUGUCAAAGAUCUAGCAAAACCAAGGCUGAGCCGAGCUACAGUACAUGACCCUGAGACUGGAAAAUUGACCACAGCACAGUACAGAGUAUCUAAGAGUGCCUGGCUCUCUGGUUAUGAAAACCCUGUGGUGUCUCGAAUUAAUAUGAGAAUACAAGACCUGACAGGACUAGAUGUUUCCACAGCAGAGGAGUUGCAGGUAGCAAAUUAUGGAGUGGGAGGACAGUAUGAACCGCAUUUUGAUUUUGCACGGAAGGAUGAGCCAGAUGCUUUUAAAGAGCUGGGGACAGGAAAUAGAAUUGCAACAUGGCUGUUUUAUAUGAGCGACGUGUCAGCAGGAGGAGCCACUGUGUUUCCUGAAGUAGGCGCUAGUGUUUGGCCCAAAAAGGGAACUGCUGUUUUCUGGUAUAAUCUGUUUGCCAGUGGAGAAGGAGACUAUAGUACACGGCACGCAGCGUGUCCAGUGCUGGUUGGAAACAAAUGGGUAUCCAAUAAAUGGCUCCAUGAACGUGGACAGGAAUUUCGAAGACCGUGCACCUUGUCGGAAUUGGAAUGACAGACAGGCUUCUCUCCUCUCCUUUUGUACUCGGAUGUGUCUGAUACACACAGUUCCCAGUCUUAACUUUUAAGAGUUUACAGUGGACUAACAUAACACUCCAUGGUUGAUUCAGUUAUGAACCUCACCCCAUAUUUCAUCUGUGGACAAUCACUAACUUUGUAGGUAUUUUUUCUUCUAAAAGUAACACUAAAUCACCACACUGUACAUACAAAACCUUAAAGUUCAGUUGAUAUCACAGAGGACAAAUUAAGGCAGACUUAAAAAUGAGGAAUUUUUAUAUUUGUUACAUUUUAAAGAACUUUUUGGUUAGAUAAAAAGUGUAAACAUCUGAUCAUAGUAUAUCGCUGCAUCUCAGUUGGUGGGGGGUGGGCUGGAAUGCCUUAUUUUCUGGGUCUGCCUGAAGACUAGGAAUGAACUAGGCCUCUGCUCUGGGUCCCAUACAAAGCUUACCCCUCCGCAUACCUCUUUAAAUUUAUUUUUUUUUCCUCCCAAGUCCUUUUAAAAGAAAGUACACUUUAAUCUGUUUGAGGUAAAAUAGUUUGAUCUUAGAAAAUUUUUAACAGUUCUACAUAACAACACUGAGGUUCUCAACGAAAAUGAUCAUCACUUGGUCUGUUUCUUUGUCCUUUUUCUUAAAUGAUUGAUGAUUUUGUCCAUCAAAUUUAGUUUUUAUUAGUGCUAAUGCCUUGCCUCAUUCUUUCUAAAGCAGGGUGAUGAUAUUGGCAUUCUGAUUAAAUAAAUAUUGUGCCUUAGGAGACUGGAAAUUUUAAAAUGCACAAGUCCUUUCAAUGAUGAGGGAAUUGAUUUUUUAAAAGAAAUCCUUUUCCUAAAAAGCCAAAAUGUUUGUUUUUUCAAUUCUGAAAUGUGUUGUGACAAUGACCUAUUUAUGAUCUUAAACUUUUUAAAAAAUGUUUGUUUCCUGUGUGGUAUUUUCCAUGUUUGAAUGUGCAUGCAUACUAUAGUGAUAAUAGGUUAUUUCUUUUUAUGUUACAGUCUAUUGUCUUGUUUUUCAUUUUUUUUUAAGAUUGUAUUUAUUUAUCUUUAGAGGGGAAGGGAAGGAGCGAGGGAGAGAAAUAUCAAUGUAUCGUUGCCUUUUGUGCAUCCUCUGCUGGUAACUGGCCUGCAGCCCAGGCAUGUGUCCUGACUGGGAAUCGAACCUCGAUCCUUUGGUUUGCAGGCCUGUGCUCAAUCCACUGAGCUACACCGGCCAGGGCUUUAUUUACUCUUAAUAGCUCAUUUUUAUGGAAGAAAAAUUUAGGCUCUGUGAACUCCCAGCUAUUUAAUCAGUCAAAAUAUGUUUCAUUCAAAGGGAGCUCUACAACUUUCCUCUAUAGUUAUGAGGUUAUUACAAUAAGAUUUUGAAAAAAUAUUAAAAAGUAGAGUGUAGUAUUAGAAAGCUGCGACCCUAAUUAAGUAUGUUAGUGACCCUCGGGCUAACUUUUAUAUUUCUUAUGGUGAAUCCUAAUUCACACAAAGACUCUUUAUCCUUUAUGCAGUAUUUAAAUCUUUAACAAAGAAUUUGAUUAAUUCUCUGGGAAAGAAGGUGAAAAGAAAUCAGUGGGUCUUUUUUCUCAGCUACCCUUUGUUCCACCACGACUGUUUUAGUAGGGAAGAUUGAGAAUUGAGUUCCAGCCAAGAUAGAGGCAUAGGUAGAUAAUGCUUCACUUUCUCACACAACCAAAAAAAAGUUAACGACCACUUUAAAAACAAAAACCAACCAGAAUGACUGCCAGAAAAUUGUACUGUAUUGGAGUAUGACAACCAAGGAGUUAAAGAAAUAUUCAUCCAGACCAGUGGGAGGGGUGGAUAUGGGAAGCCAGGGUGGAGAGGAUACGUGGCAAGGAGGCAGCUGGCAAUCCAGGUGGGUGAGGCAGGAGGUGGAUGGGUGGUCCCACAUUCGCAUGCGCAUAAGCCAAGAGGAACAACUGGGGAGCGAGACAGACUUGAAAACUAGGGUUCCAGUGUGGGAAACUAAAGCUUUAGAACCUCUGGCUUUAAAAUUCUGUGGGGGUUGCAGCAGUGGGAGAAACUCCCAGUCUCACAGAAGAGUUCGUUGAAAAGGUCCCAGGGAUCCUAGAAUGUACGCAAGCCCAACUGCCCGGGAAUCAGCACCAGGGAAGCACCUGAAAGGGUUCAAUCCACUUGUGGGGAGCCAAGGAAUUGACUUAAAGCGGGGCAAGAGCCAAGCAAGCAGCAUUGUUCCCUCUCGGAUCCCUGGCCUCUACAUACAGAGCCACACGCAGACAAGUGUUUCUCUGUCCUGGAGAAUACCUAAGGCUCUGCCUCUUACAAUGUAACAGGUAUACCAAGACAAAGAAAUAUGGCCCAAAUGAAAGAACAGAUCAAAACGCCAGGAAAAGAACUAAGUGACAAGGAGAUAGAUGCAGAAUUCAAAACACCGGUAAUCAGAAUGCUCUUAGAAAUGGUUGAGUAUGCUUGAAAAAUUAAGAAGUGAAGCCUCUACAAAGUGAAAUAAUAAUAUACAGGGAACCAACAGUGAAGGAAGGAAACCAGGACUCAACAACUUGGAACAGAAAGAAGAAAUACACAUUCCACUGGAACAGAAUGAAGAAAUGAAUUAAAAGAAAUGAGAGGUUAGGAACCUCUGAGAUAACUUUAUGCAUUCCAACAUCCAAAUCAUAGGGGUGCUAGAAGGAGAAGAGGAAUAGCAAGAAAUGGAAAAACUUAUUUGAACAAGCAAUGAAGGAGAACUUCCCCAAUCUGGCAGAGGAAAUAGACUUCCAGGAAUCCCAGAGCGUCCCAAAGAGGAUGGAACCAAGGAAGGACACAUCAAGGCACAUCAUAAUUAAAUUACCCAAGAUUAAAGGAGAGACUCUUAAAAGCAGCAGAGAAAAGAAGACAGUUACCUACAAAGAAGUUUCCAUAAGACAAUCAGUUGAUUUCUCAAAAGGAACCUUGCACGCAAGGAGGGGCUGAAAAGAAGUAUUUGAAAUCAUUAAAAGCAAUGACCUACAUCCAAGAUGACUCUAUCCAGCAAGGCUUUUAUUUAGAAUGGAAGGGCAGAUAGAGUGCUUCUCAGAUAAGGUCAAGUUCGAGGAGUUCAUCAUCACCAAGCCCUUAUACAAAAUGUUAGAGGGACUUAUCUAAGAAAAAGAAGAUCAAAACUAUGAACAGUAAGAUGACGACAAACUUACAACUGUUGUAUCAACUGAAGCUAAAAAAAAGCCAAACUAAGCAAACAACUAGAACAGGAACAAAAUCACAGAAAUGGAGAUCACAUCAAGGAUUAUCAGUGGGGAGGGGAGAUAAUGGGGGG